GCAGUGAGGGUGUGCUCUUAGCUUCACAGCAAAAAGAAUGGAUAACUUUCUUCUCUUUUUUCCAAAGCUAAUGAAAUUUACUCAUGGAUUGUCUCCUUCAUUAUUCAACAUAUAUUUAAAAUUUUAAUAUAUGUAAGUUAACGUUUAAUUUAAAGUAGGUAAUAAUUUAAUUCAACCUUUAGAGGAAAGAAACUGUGUUACUUCUAGGUAUCUUCCCUCACUGAUUUCACUGCCACAGUUUACAUCUCUUUCUUGUGUUUAUUCCUUAUGUCUAGUUCUUUAUCCCUACCUAGUUGGUCCAUGAUUCUUUGAAUCCCCUAAAAUUGUAUAAAAUAUGCUGGGAAAGAGAGAAAAAUCUCAGUGAACUCAUCAGAAGGUCCGCAUUAUUGUAUUUUCUCUUUCAACAUUGGCUCUUGGAUGCAAAAUCCUUUUUUUCCUCUUUAUAGUUACCAGAAGAAGAAACUUCAUAAAAGAAAAAGGAAAUGUUAUUGCCUCUAUUUCUUUUGCUCUGAUUCCAAACAUGUAAUCAUUGAAGAAAAAAGGGAAAAAAGAGACACUGGAUUGUUGUUGUCAUUUUGGAGCUCUAAACAUAAAAGUGAUAGAGGUUUCUGAUUAUCCUUGUAUCUCUAGGAGGGAAAGGGAAUCCUGCAUUCUUCCAUUUUUAAGGCAAAACCUACUAGUUUGGUGUGCAUGCAAAGUUACCAUUACAUAGUAUCAGUCUUUUGCUUGGUUUCCCUUAGCAACUGCUUCAGUUAAUGGCUUCUUUACAAACUGUUGGAGAUUUCUUAUAAUGGCCCUUAUUUUUUACUUUUUAGAGAUAAACACUUGUUCCUACAUUUUGUUCUUUUCCCCCAGAUUAUUACAGAAGUUUAAAUGACCCUAAGAAUAUAUGCCUUAAAUAAGAAGUUUAAGACUACUUUAAAAUUGCAUAAGGAGUGAGACGGAAACUGACUUUUCACUGUAUACUCAUUUGAAUCUUCCAAAUGCUGUAGCCAAAAGCUGUAUUAAAACAGAAAAAAAAUUAGUUUGUUUAAAUAGCAGGAAAGUUUAACAAUCACAAAAAUGAGAAUUUUAAAAACUUAAUCCUGUAAAACUUUAGCAAUAAUAGGUGACAAUAUACAUAUAUAACUAUUACCUAAUUUAUUUCCAUGAAGGAAAUUUUUCCACUGGAAUUUUACUAUCAAAAAUAAAUUUAAACAUAUAAAAAUAAUUCAAAAGUAAAUAAUACAUCCAUACAUACUUGUUCAAUAAAGUUACUUAAUAUACUUAAUAUUAUACUUAAUAUAAAAUUUAGAAAAAUAAGAAUUUGUUCCAGAGAAUUGCAUAUCUUAAUUACUUAAAUCUUAACUACUUAAAUAGUUAAGAUAUAUAGAAAAAUUGAAGCACCACAAAAAAGAAAUUAGAAUUACAUAUACAGAGUGAGCUAGCAAAAUUCUUUCAAGAAUAAGGGUAAGUUAAUGUGCUAGUAACCAAAAAAGAGUCUAGUGAUUUAAUAACACAUUUGUAGAAAUUUCACCCUACUUCAACUCCUACCAAGAUAUCUACAAAUAGUAAUUGAUUUUGGAAUAUGAAUGCAGUAACCAGUUAGAAAAAUGUGAAAUCAUAAUUCAAAGAGGAGUAGCGUUUUCAUCAGCCAUCUAUAAUCAUUAUUGCGUUUCUCAGUGGGUGUAGUAACGGCUUAGGACUCUGAGCGCCGCUGUUCACCAACUCUGCGAAAAACCUCAAACAGCGCUUUAUCCGGAUUUUCAGAGCUACAACUACACAAAGCGCCGCAGAUCCCACAAACAGGCUCCCGGGCUCUAGCAAACUUCAGCCUCUUAACUUGGGGCACUCAGGCUUUUUUCCUGAAGAAAAAUAUCACUGUACUUGCAAGAGAGAAAAAGGAACCUAAUGAGUCAGCGUGCACAGAGAGAAUUCUGAGAAAAUUCCGUAGCGAAGCAACAAUGGCCGCUCCAAAGAGUUGCCAGCACCACAGAAGAUUGGUCCUGCUGUGCAUUUUCCUGGGGACGCUGUGGGAGUCCAGAGCCAGUCAGAUCCGAUACUCAAUGCCUGAAGAGACAGAAAAAGGCUAUAUUGUGGGCAACGUAUCCAAGGACCUGUCGUUGCAACUCCGGGAGCUGAAGGAGCGCGGAGUCCGCAUCCUCUCCAGAGGUAAGACCCAGCUCUUUGCUCUGAACCCGAAAAGCGGCAGCUUGGUUACAGCUGGCAGGGUAGACCGGGAGGAGCUCUGCGCUCAGAGCGCACCAUGUUUGGUUAAUUUUAAAGUCCUGGUUGAAGACAGAGUGCAACUUUAUGGAAUUGAAAUAGAAGUAACUGAUAUCAAUGACAAUGCCCCGAAAUUCCAGGCUGAAAAUCUGGAAGUCAAAAUUAACGAAAUUGCUGCGCCUGGAACACGUUUUCCACUCCCAGAGGCGGUUGAUCCGGACUUGGGUGUGAACUCCCUCCAGAGCUACCAGCUCAGCCCCAAUCACCGCUUCUCCCUGAACAUGCAAACUGGAGACGAUGGAACUAUAAACCCAGAGCUGGUGCUGGAGCGCGCUCUGGACCGCGAGGAAGAGGCUGCUCACCACCUGGUCCUCACGGCCUCCGAUGGCGGCGACCCGCGUCGCUCCAGCACAGUGCGCAUCCACGUGUCAGUGCUGGAUACAAACGACAAUGCCCCAGUUUUUGCUCAACCGGUGUACCGAGUGAAAGUCCUAGAGAAUGUGCCCCCUGGCACUCGGCUGCUAACUGUAAGAGCUGCCGACCCGGAUGAGGGAACCAAUGGAAAAGUGGCAUAUAAAUUCUGGAAAAUUAAUGAAAAGCAAUCUCCAUUAUUCCAACUUAAUGAAAAUACUGGGGAAAUAGCAACAGCAAAACGUCUAGAUUAUGAAGAAUGUGCUUUUUAUGAAAUGGAAAUACAAGCUGAAGAUGGUGGGGGAUUAAAGGGUUGGACCAAAGUGCUUAUUUCUGUGGAGGAUGUAAAUGACAAUAGGCCAGAAGUGACCAUUACAUCUCUGUUUAGCCCAGUGAGGGAAGAUGCUCCUCCGGGAACAGUAAUGGUUCUUUUCAAUGCUCAUGACAGAGACUCCGGGAAGAAUGGUCAGGUCGUCUGUUCUAUGCAGGAGAAUCUACCAUUUAAAUUAGAAAAUUCAGUUGAUGAUUAUUAUCGAUUGUUGACAGCCCAAAUUCUUGACAGAGAAAAAGUCUCUGAGUAUAACAUCACAGUGAAAGCGACAGACAGAGGAACCCCGCCCCUGUCCACAGAAACUCGCAUCACUUUACAUGUUGCUGACAUUAAUGACAAUCCACCUGCCUUCUCUCAUCCCUCCUACUCAGUCUACCUCCCGGAAAACAAUCCCAGAGGCACCUCCAUCUUCUCCGUGACUGCUCUUGACCCAGACAGCGAGGAGAACGCCAGGGUUAUUUACGCCCUGGCAGAGGACAUCAUCCAGGGGGCACCACUCUCCUCCUACGUCUCCAUCAACUCUGACACAGGCGUCCUGUACGCACUCCAAUCUUUCGACUAUGAGCAGUUCCAAGACCUGCAGAUGCGGGUCACAGCAAGUGACAGUGGGAACCCGCCACUCAGCAACAAUGUAUCGCUGAGCCUGUUCCUGCUGGAUCAGAACGACAACGUACCGGAGAUCCUGUACCCCACCCUCCCCACCGAUGGCUCCACUGGUGUGGAGCUGGCGCCGCGCUCCGCAGAGCCUGGCUACCUGGUGACCAAGGUGGUGGCUGUGGACCGCGACUCAGGACAGAACGCCUGGUUGUCCUACCACCUGCUCAAGGCCAGUGAGCUAGGGCUCUUCGUAGUGGGUGUGCACACGGGCGAGGUGCGCACAGCGCGGGCCCUGCAGGAUAGAGACGCGCUCAAGCAGAGCCUGGUGGUGGCCGUCCAGGACCACGGCCAGCCCCCUCUGUCGGCCACCGUCACACUCACCAUGGCCGUGGCCGACAGCAUCCCUGAUGUCCUGGCUGACCUGAGCAGUCUCGAGGUCCUCGCGGACCCAGAGGCUUCUGGGCUAACACUCUACCUUGUAGUGGCUGUGGCUGUGGUCUCCUGCAUCUUCCUUGCCUUUGUCAUCGUGCUGCUGGUGCUUAGGCUGAGGCGCUGGCACAUGUCGCACCUACUGCAGACUUCUGGCAGCAUGUUGUCAAGCCUGCCUGUCUCGCAUUUUGUGGGCGUGGACGGGGUGCAGGCCUUCCUGCAGACAUAUUCCCAGGAGGUCUCCCUCACCAAGGACUCACGGAAGAGUCACCUGAUCUUCCCCCAGCCCAGCUACGCUGACACGCUAAUCAGCCAGGAGAGCUGUGAGAAAAGCAAUCCUUUGUGUGUUUCAGAUGAGUCCAAGUUUCCUAUAGAAGACUCCCCUUUGGUUCCAGUAAGUUCUGUUUCAUCCUUUUUCUUCUAACAAGUUGCUUUCUCUUUGGGUUUCUACAC